AUGGAGGCCGUGGCCUUGUACAACUUCCAGGCUGAUGAGAAAGACGAAUUGCCAUUUAAGAAGGGGGACACCCUGAAGGUAUUGUUGCUGUACUGUAAUGAUGAUGAUGAUGAUCACCAAGUUUGCCAUCUGGAGAGGGAUCUGUGAGAGCUGGGAAGACUCGCUUCUUUGUAUGUCGAAAUUAAAAAAUUAAAAAAUAGUCCAGUAGCACCUUAGAGACCAGCUAAGUUUGUUCUAGGUAUAUAUCUAGAACAAGUGUUCUAGGUGUGCAUGCACACAAAGGCUUAUACCUAGAACAAGUGUUCUAGGUGUGCGUGCACACGAAGGCUUAUACCUAGAACAAACUCAGUUGGUUUCUAAGGUCCUACUGGACUAUUUUUUAAAAAAUUAUUUUGACUGCGUCAGACCAACACGUCUACCUACCUGAAUCUAGAUUAUUUGUAUGUGUAUUGAAAAUUAAGAUAUACCGUAUUUUUCCAUGUAUAAGACUAGGUUUUCACCCCUAAAAAAUAAUGUCAAAAAUUAGGGGGCGUCUUAUACACAGAUGCACCCCCCUCCCCAUUUUCUUAAAACUGAGUCGCCCAAAAUAGGGGGUGUCUUAUACAUGGGGGCGUCUUAUAGAAGGGAAAAUACGGUAAUUAAUGAUAGCUACAUUCAUAUAAUUUUAUGUUUUAUUAUAAUUAUUACUAUUAUUAUUGUUGUUGGUGUGUUUUUUUAAUAUGUCCUGUCUCUCUGUUCCUUUCUUCUUCUUCUUCUUCUUCUUCUUCUUCUUCAUUUUUCUUCUCUUUCCCUCCUUCUUUUCUUGUUUUCCUCUCCUCUCUCUCUUGUCUUUUUGGUUCUAUUUGCUUUAGAUACUAUUCUAUUCUAUUGUGGAAAAUUUAAUGAAAAUCUUUGGACAGCCAAGUUUACCACCCGGGAAAAUUAUGCACUUGGACCAAAUCUACAUACAGUAUUGUUGUGGGGGGGGUGUAUUGGGGGGGGGGGGUCCGCCAGGAUGAUGCCCUGAGCCUCUUCCAAUUGUUGGGAUCCUGCAUCCCAGUCUAAGAGAGGAGGUUGCUAUCCUGGUCAGGCAAGUUUCAUUGUAAGGCAAUGACUUUCGCUGGCCACUCAAGGGUCCUCAUCAGCAUCUCAAAAGAACAAGUUGAGUUGCAAGUCCUAUAUCUAAGUGCCGGUGCCCUGCCAAUAAGAUCAGCUGCAGUGUCAAUACUGUGAUCAUCUUAUGCUCAGGUUGUAUAUACAGUGGUCCCUUUGUUCUUGAACAUAAUCUGUUCCGGGAGGCCGUUCGACUUGUUCAUCCAGGGAUAGGCAGACUCCAGGCUUGCAGGAUCUGCUUGGGAUUUUACCAUAAUCCUGAGAUCCACCACUUGGAGUCAGGCACAUUUAGGUUUGAUGAGGCCCUAAGCUCCUGAAGGUCAUGGGGGCCCUUAUGUGUCCAGCUGUCCUUUGUCAACAACAAAUUGUCACUGUUUUUUUUAUGUUGAAUAUAUGCUAUAUGGUAAUUUAUGGACCCAAUACAGUGAUACCUCGGGUUAAGUACUUAAUUCAUUCCGGAGGUCCGUUCUUAACCUGAAACUGUUCUUAACCUGAAGCACCACUUUAGCUAAUGGGGCCUCUUGCUGCCGCUGCGCCAUCGGAACACAAUUUCUGUUCUUAUCCUGAAGCAAAGUUCUUAACCCGAGGUACUAUUUCUGGGUUAGCGGAGGCUGUAACCUGAAGCGUAUGUAACCCGAGGUACCACUGUAGAUAUCUAAAGCCAUUUGCCCAUGUUGCCAUGCAACCAGUCCAUGCAGAAUGUAGGCACCCUAUAUAUAGAAAGGAGCAAACCAGUGAUAUUUUAGGGAACAGGCUAGCAGGCAGGGCCCAUUACGUCCAUCAGAGGAGCCUACACAACACAAAACACUGUUGCUGUUUGUAGGUUUUAUUUUAUUUGUUUUAUAUCUUAUAUUUUGGAAAUGUACAUCCAGGUGGUUUUUCCCCCUUUAAUUUUUUUUGGGGGGCCCCAAGAGAGUGGGGCCCUAAGCUAUAGCUUGUUUAGCUUAUACAUAAAUCCAGCACUGGCAAAGCUAAAGGACCUGGUGUCUCUGAGCAACCGCUGAGCUGCACAGCCUGGGGUUUGCUUUAGGUGUUCAGCUGAGGUUUUGCUGAACUCACCAUCCUUUCACACCAACAUCUAUUUCUGGCUACCCAGAGGUCUCUUCGUUUUAGCAGUCUAAUGAGGACAGGGCAGUGGGGCUCCAUUGAACCACUGAAAUUCACAGGCUUAAAUGAGCCCUGCCCUUUAAUUUCAGUGGGCCUUCUCGGAGUAGAGCGUACCUUGACACAACUCGCAGGCUUGAACACACCAGUGCACAGUGCUAUAAUUCCCAGGCUAGGUCAAGUCUCAGUCCCUCUUUCCCAGGGAACUCUGGGUAGCUCUGUGAAGGGAACAGGGGUCUCCUAACGACUCUCAGCACCCUGAACAAACUAUUGUUCCCGGGAAAGGCUGAGGUGAGAGAGAGAGAGAGAGAGACAUAGAGAGAGGGAGGGAGGGAGGGAGGGAGGGAGACUGGCCCAAGGUCAUACACUGAACAUAAUGGCUGAGUGAGAGGAUUUGAACUCAGAUCUCCCUAGUCCUACUCGUCUUCUUCUUUUUAAAGAGUAUAUUUAUACCACAUUCUUCCAGUCACAGGUUACUCAAAGUGGCUUACCAAUCUGUCAGUUUCAUUUCCUCACACCAGGCACACAUUUUUCCUGUCGUAUAUAUUCGCACAUGCAACUUUGCCCAGUCGUUGCCUCGCUAGAGUUUCCAGCACCCUUCGCAAACUACAGAUCCCAGGAUUCUUUGCAGAGGGGUGUGCUUUAAAUGUGCCUCAAAAGUUUAAAUGUAUGUUGCAUAUUCAGCUCCAUACUGAUGUAGCGGUUAGACUACAACCGGGGAGAGCAGGGUUCAAAUCCUCACUCAGAAACAAAGCACCACUGGAUGUAAAGGUAAAGGGACCCCUGACCAUUAGGUCCAGUCGUGGCCGACUCUGAGGUUGCGGCGCUCAUCUCGCUUUACUGGCCGAGGGAGGUGGCGUACCGCUUCCGGGUCAGGUGGCCAGCAUGACUAAGCCGCUUCUGGUCAACCAGAGCAGCGCACGGAAAUGCCAUUUACCUUCCUGCCGGAGCGGUACCUAUUUAUCUCCUUGCACUUUGACGUGCUUUCAAACUGCUAGGUUGGCAGGAGCAGGGACCGAGCAACGGGAGCUCACCCCAUCACGGGGAUUCGAACCACCGACCUUCUGAUCGGCAAGUCCUAGGCUCUGUGGUUUAACCCACAGCACCACCCGCGUCCCUACCACUGGAUGAUUUGGGGGCAAAUCAUUCUCUCUCUCAGCCCUAUCCCACCUCGCAGGGUUGUUGUGACGAUGAAAUGGCCACCUUGAAGGAAAGUUGGGCUAUCGCUGCCAAGAAGGAUGUAAAUAAAUAGAGACUGAAAGAGACUUUGACAAGAGUCAGAGAGCAACAAUAGCACAGCGGCAGAGCUUUGUGUAUAAAAAGUCACAGGUUCAAUUCCUGGCGUCUUCAGGAUCAAGUAAGAAAAGGUUAUGGGAAACGGUUUUCUCUGCCUGAGGCCCUGGAUUGCUACUGCCAUUUGACAAUACAACCCUAGAUGGACAAACAGGGCUACUAGAGAUGGAGGAGAAACCUGAUUCCGUUCACUUUUUAAAGUGAAUUUCUUUAUUUUGUACUUUCCGGGCAAAAUGCACAAAUUGAAGCAUAGCCAUUCUUCAAAAUUCACGCUUUUCCAAAUUUCGCAGUGCAGUUCUCCUGCCAAGUCAUGAGUGCAAAACUGCACAUACGUUAGUGAUGUUAACAUACAGAAAUGCAUCAUAUUAGGGGAAAUGGAUGGGGAGGGGAAUAUUUAUAUAAGCUAUCAUCUUCAUUUCCCAGCUUGCAGUCAACAGACCUUUUAAAUGUUUUAUAACAAUUUUAAAACGACGACCAUGAAAUUCACAUCAAUGCAACUGAGAAACGCAACAUUUAUAUAGCAGGCAAUUCAUAAGCGGUUUAACACAGAUGGCCAUGUUUUCUAAAAAUUGCCACUUCCUCUGUCUGUCAAACCCACAUGCAAAAAUGUGCCGGUAAUUUUUCAUGAGGAUAUUGAACACCCACACCCACAAAUUACUGCAGAAAUUUAAAGAAAUGAAUUUGCAAUUGGAAAAAUUGAGGACAGUGGAGAACUGAAAUUGAUGGAUUGGUUCAUCCAUGCUUGCCACCAUAGGGGCCAGAUCACUGGGGCCCUGGAUGCCCAAGCACCCACAAAAUUCCCCAUGAAGGGGCUGGUCACCCACAAAUUUCAGUGCAUGGCACCCAUGGCCCCGGGCCCCCACGGUUGUGGGGCCAAGCUUGCACUCGCGCUUGCUAUGAUGGCUAGAUUCUGCAUCUGCCAACAGUGGCCUUUGAAUGCUUCACAUGAGUCCACAGUGAAAUGCAGCAGCAAAAAGAGCUAAUGCUAUUCUAGGCUGCAUCAACAGAAGUCCAAAUCAAGGGAAGUCAUAGGUAAAGGGACCCCUGACAAUUAGGUCCAGUCGUGGACGACUCUGGGGUUGCAGCGCUCAUCUCGCUUUAUUGGCCGUGGGAGCCGCCGUACAGCUUCCGGGUCAUGUGGCCAGCAGGACUAAGUCGCUUCUGGCGAACCAGAGCAGCGCACGGAAAGGCCGUUUACCUUCCCGCCGGAGCGGUACCUAUUUAUCUCCUUGCACUUUGACGUGCUUUCAAACUGCUAGGUUGGCAGGAGCAGGGACCAAGCAAUGGGAGCUCACCCCGUCGCGGGGAAUCGAACCGCCGACCUUCUGAUUGGCAAGUCCUAGGCUCUGUGAUUUAACCCACAGCACCACCCGCAUCAUAGUAGCACUCUAUUGUGCCUUGGUCAGACCACACCUGGAAUACUGUGUCCAUUUCUGGAUGCCACAGUUUAAGAAGGAUGUUGACAAGCUGGAAUGUGUGCAAAGGAGGGCGACCCAAGAUGAUCAGGGGUCCGGAAACUAAGCCUUAUGAUGAAUGGUUGAAGGAGCUGGGUAUGUUUAGCCUGGAAAAGAGGAGACUGAGAGGAGAUGGCCAUCUUCAAAUACCUGAAGGGCUGUCACAUGAAGGAUGGAGCAAGCUUCUUUUCUCCUACUCUGGAGGGUAGGACUCAAACCAAUAGCUUCAACCUUUCCAUGGAGGCGCAGGUUGCAGCCACAGCAAAGGUGGCAUUUUUCCAUCUCCGCCGUAUUAAGCAGUUGGUCCCUUACCUUUCUCACCCUGAUCUGGCCACAGUGAUCCAUGCGACAGUUACCUCCAGGCUUGAUUAUUGUGACUCGCUUUACGCGGGGCUGCCCUUGAAGCUGAUCCAGAAACUCCGGCGGGUGCCACAGUUUAAGAAGGAUGUUGACAAGUUGCAACGGGUGCAGAGGAGGGCGACCAAAAUGAUCAAGGGUCUGGAAACUAAGCCUGAUGAGGAACAGUUGAAGGAGCUGGGUAUGUUUAGCCUGGAAAAGAGGAGACAGAGAGGAGAUAUGAGAGCCAUCUUCAAUCAUCUCAAGGACGAUGGAGCAAGCUUAUUUUCUCCCUCUCUGAAGAGUACGACUCAAAUCAAUGGCUUCAAGUUACAAGAAAGAAGAUUCUGAUGAAACACCAGGAAGAACUUAUAGCUUUUGAGUAGUGAAACCAUCUCCCUCAGGAGGUUGUGGACUCUCCUUCCUUGGAGGGGUUUUUGAGGAGCGCUUGGGUGGCCAUCUGUCAUGGAUGUUUUAGCUGAGAUUCCUGGGUUGGACUAGAUGACCCUUGGGUCCCUUCCAGCUCUACAGCCCAAAUGUUCUCAUGGCCCUGAUGGCUCCUUCCUGCUUUGCAUCAGCUUGCCUGCAGCCCGCUCUGCUCUGCUGGUCACCCGGGGAAUUCUUUCGGUGCCCAGAGAGUCCCCCAGAGAAAUCUCAGUUCCUGUUUUCGCAGCAGAGAGCUGCUUUUCACAAUAACGUGGGGGGGUGAGUGGGGGAAAUCAGCCAGAAAAGCAAAAGGGGCAUCUGACGUUUCAAGGGUACGGGUUAAUCAUAUAUGUACACAUAAACUACUCAGGUUGUCCAGUUCGAAAGAAAGAGUCUAAGUGCUUUUUUUAAAAAAAAGAUAUUUAUUAAAGUUUCAAGAUAUUACAAAAAUAAGAGAAAAGAGAAAGAGAAAAAAAGAAAGAAAAGAAAAGAAAAAUACAAAGUAAAGACAGUUAAAAACAGAUCAGUCUUUCCAUAUCUUAUCUUUCAUUUACUUGUUUCUCUGACCUCCUCACACCUCCCUUUUUUGUAUUCCAGUUCAGUUAGUUAAUUCAGCAAAUCCUAUCCCUCUUUGAUUUUAUCUUAAUAUUUUAUCUUAAUAUAUUAUAACUUUAGAUUAUCACCUGUUAACAAUCCAUUUUUCCAUAUUCCUUUAUAACAUUGCUGCUAAAAACCACUUAACUUCAAUCCAACAUCAUUCUAGCAUUCAUUAAUUUUGCAGUAUUUCUGUAGAUAGUCUUUAAAUUUCUUCCAAUCUUCUUCCACCGACUCUUCUCCCUGGUCUUGGAUUCUGCCAGUCAUUUCUGCCAGUUCCAUAUAGUCCACCACCUUCAUCUGCCAUUCUUCCAGAGUGGGUAAAUCUUGUGUCUUCCAAUACUUUGCAAUAAGUAUUCUUGCUGCUGUUGUGGCAUACAUAAAAAAAGUUCUAUCCUUCUUUAACACCAAUUGGCCAACCAUGCCCAGGAGAAAGGCCUCUGGUUUCUUCAGAAAGGUAUAUUUAAAUACCUUUUUCAUUUCAUUAUAAAUCAUCUCCCAGAAAGCCUUAAUCCUUGGGCACGUCCACCAAAGGUGAAAUAAUGUACCUUCAGUUUCUUUACAUUUCCAACAUUUAUUAUCGGGCAAAUGAUAGAUUUUUGCAAGCUUGACUGGUGUCAUGUACCACCUGUAUAUCAUUUUCAUAAUAUUCUCUCUUAAGGCAUUACAUGCCGUAAACUUCAUACCUGUGGUCCAUAACUGUUCCCAGUCAGCCAUCAUUAUGUUAUGUCCAACAUCUUGUGCCCAUUUAAUCAUAGCAGAUUUCACCGUUUCAUCCUGAGUAUUCCAUUUCAACAGCAAGUUAUACAUCUUUGACAAAAUCUUGGUUUUGGGUUCUAACAGUUCUGUUUCCAAUUUUGAUUUUUCCACCUGGAAGCCAAUUUUCUUGUCCAAAUUAUAUGCCUCCAUUAUCUGAUAAUAAUGAAGCCAAUCUCGCAUUUUAUUUUUUAGUUUUUCAAAACUCUGCAAUUUCAAUUUGUCUCCCUCUUGUUCCAAAAUUUCCCAAUAUUUCGGCCAAUUGGCCUCCAUAUUGAGCUUUUUCUGAGCCUUCGCUUCCAUCGGUGACAACCACCUUGGGGUUUUAUUUUCAAGUAGGUCCUUAUAUCCUAUCCAGACAUUAAACAAUGCUUUCCUGACAAUAUGAUUUUUAAAUGCUUUAUGUACUUUGACCUUAUCAUACCACAAAUAUGCAUGCCAUCCAAAUACAUUAUUAAAGCCUUCUAAAUCCAAAAUGUCUGUGUUUUCAAGAAGCAGCCAUUCUUUCAGCCAGCAAAAAGCUGCUGAUUCAUAAUAAAGUUUAAGGUCUGGCAGGGCAAAUCCGCCUCUUUCUUUAGCAUCGGUUAAUAUCUUAAAUUUUAUUCUAGGCUUCUUGCCCUGCCAGACAAAUCUAGAAAUAUCUCUCUGCCACUUCUUGAAACAAUCCAUUUUAUCCAAAAUUUGCAAUGUUUGAAACAGAAACAACAUUCUAGGCAAUACAUUCAUUUUUAUCGCAGCAAUACGGCCUAGCAGUGAAAGCUUCAAAUUUGACCAAAUUUCUAAAUCUUUUUUCACUUCAGUCCAGCAUUUUUCAUAAUUGUCUUUAAAUAGAUUCCCAUUUUUAGCUGUCAUGUUAAUCCCCAGGUAUUUCACUUUCUUAACCACUGUUAAACCUGUCUCGUUCUGAAACCUCUCUCUCUCAAUCGCUGUUAAAUUUUUCUCUAAAACCUUUGUUUUUAACUUAUUCUGUUUAAAUCCUGCAACCUGACCAAAUUCUUGAAUCAGUUCUAAAACUCUUUUAGUACUAGAUUCUGGCUCCUGUAACGUCAAUACUAAGUCAUCUGCAAAUGCUCUCAAUUUGUACUGUUUAGCUCCGACUUGUAUACCUUUAACCAAUUGAUCCCUUCUAAUCAUGUUCAGCAGGACCUCCAGGACCGAUAUAAAAAGCAAUGGGGAGAUUGGGCAACCUUGUCGUGUCCCUUUUUUUAUCUUAAAUUCCUCCGUCACCACGUUAUUAACAAUUAAUUUAGCCUUUUGUUCUGAAUAAAUUGCACUUAUACCAUUUCCAAAACCUUGACCUACCCCCAUCCCCUGUAGGUUCUAAAAAGAGUCAAAGUGCUAUCCUACAAAGGGGCAGUGUGGUGUAGUGGUUAGGGUGGUAGAACAGGGUUGAAAUCCCCACUCGGCUAGGUUGCAUGCUGGGUGACUUAGACCGUGAGGGGAGAGAGACUUUGUGCAGGCCAUCAAGGAUAGCUCAGUCAGUAUAUAUGAUGCAAACUACUAAUAAUUAUAAAUAGCUUGAUUAAUAUGAAAUUAAGUGUUAUAACCUGUACAAUGCAAUUGUAGUUAAUACAAUGCAUUUUUUAAAUAUAAUAUCAAUAUCGCCAUAGUAGUGCACACUGUUUAUUGAGACAGCAGACCUUUGUACCCUGUUACACUUAGUGAGUGUAAAAGAUGGUAUUUCUUUCUUUCGGUAUAAUUUUUUGGGGGGCCCCAAGAGAGUGGGACCCUUAGCUAUAGCUUGUUUAGCUUAUAUGUUAAUCCGGCACUGCCUUCAAGCUAACAGCUGCUCCUUUUUCUCUCUUUUGGAUUCCACAGAUCCUGAACAUGGAAGAUGACCUGAACUGGUACAAAGCAGAACUCUUCGGCACCGAAGGAUUCAUCCCCAAAAACUACAUCAAAAUGAAACCUCACCCGUAAGCAGCACCUGUUUGUUCCUUUCCUUGCUUUAUUUCAAAGCGUUUAUGGAUCGCUUAGUCUUUAAAAAGUACGGUAACCUUGCCAGGAAAACAAACCGAGGUGUCUUUCCUCCUGGGAAGCCCUGAUCUCAGCACACCUUAACCGAGACCAACCCUGUCCCAGUGGCCCAAAGGCUGCUGCGCAUUUAACAACAGCCAGACACACCAAUACUAUCCAACUGGUGAAGAUUAAGAAGAUUUAAGGUGGGGGUGGGGAAGUUAUGGACCCUCCAGACAUUGCUGGACUCCCAGUUCCUAUAGGCCCCAUCCUGCAUGGCCGAUACUCAGGGAUGAUGGGAGUUGUAGCCCAGCAACAAAAUCUGGCGGGCCACAGGGUUUUGCCCUGAACAUCGCCCCAUCGCAUUUGACAAUUGCAUUUUGCACCUGCCGCAAGUGUUCUUCUUUCAAGAAUCCACAAUCAAUCAGCACUUGGAAGGGGGAAAGAGGGCAGGGCAAUGAAUGAACAAGAUGCAAAACACAUUAGCUUGUGGGUGGACGUUGUAUUUCUCUGGAACAAACAAGUAAGCAAAUGCAUUCACGCUGGAUAAAUCCCCCCCCCAUCCCAUCCUACACUAGUUUCCAAGGAAAGCUUGCUUAAAGAUUGCCUAGCGCAGAUACAGCCUUGGCAUUUAUUUUAUGGUUCAGUGGUACCUCGGGUUACAUACGCUUCAGGUUACAGACUCCACUAACCCAGAAAUAGUACCUCGGGUUAAGAACUUUGCUUCAGGAUGAGAACAGAAAUCGUGCAGCGGCAGCAGGAGCCCCCUUUAGCUAAAGUGGUGCUUCAGGUUAAGAACAGUUUCAGGUUAAGAACGGACCUCCAGAACGAAUUAAGUUCUUAACCCGAUGUACCACUGUACUUGAUUUUAUUUCGAAACAAACAAAAAGUUGGUACAUUUCACUUCUGUGCCACGGCUCGUGGAUUUCAGAAGAUCAGACUCUUGGUUAAAAGCCCAGGAGCAGACCAGAACUGAGCAUGUUGCUUCGCUGCAAUUAUUAUUAUUUUUUAAAAGAUAUUUAUUAAGAUUUUCAAAAUGUUACAGAACAAAAACAAAAGAAGAAAAAAGUACAAAAAUAAAAAUGGCUAAAAACAACUCAAUCUUUCCAUUACUUAUUUUUCAUUAGCUUAUUUCCCGGACCUCCUCACGCCUCCCUUUUUUGUGUUCCAGUUCAGUUUGUUGGUUCAGCAAAUCCUUACCCUCUUUGUUUAUCCUAAUCUUUAAUCUUAAAAUAUUGUGACGUUAAAUUUUUACCUAUUAAUAAUCCAUUUUUCAUAUUCCCUUAUAGUAUUACAGCUGAAAACCACUUAAUUUCUAUCCAGCAUCAUUCUAACAUUCAUUAAUUUUACAAUAUUUCUGUAGAUAGUCCUUAAAUUUCUUCCAAUCUUCUUCCACUGCAAUUAUUGCUUCGCUGCAAUUAUUGUGGUGGUGGUUGUUUCCCAGUCAGUUGGCAAUCCUAACGGCCAGUUCAGGGACUCAUAAUAAUGACAACCACCUACAGCCACAACAAGAAGGACAACUCCUAGCCAUGCCCUCCUUAAGAGAGUCCAAAAAUACAGGUAAUUGCUUGGGUCUGUUAUUUAUUUUAUCUUCUCCCAUUUCUAUCCCACCCUUCCUCUCAAAGGGUGAUGGCUAGUGUUCUUCCCAAUCUCCUCUGUAAAGAAAACCAGAUCUAGGGUGCAACCCGCAGUAUGUGUUGGGUCCUCAGUGUAUUGCAACAGCCCCAUGGUUGUCCUGCUGGCCAGAUUUUUCUAUGACUCCAUGAGGUCCUGAGCCGGGCCAGACAAGGCAGCAUCGACAUGGAUUUUGAGGUCCCCCAGAACUAAGUGUCCUGGGAUUCCCUGACACCACACCAGAGACCGCUUCCACCAGCUCAGUCAGGGAGGUGGUUGGAGGCCAGGCUUGGAGGUACACUCACGCGAUUGCUGUUCCAUCUCUGCCCCCCAACACCAAGGCCAAACCCUUGCGUCUCACUCCCAGGUGAACUAGGCUAUGAUUCCCAGGUCACUGGGUAAAGACCAUGCAGUCUUACUGCAAUCCUAAGCAUUUUACACAGAAGCCAGUCCCACAGCACCGGCUGUGGCUGUAGAGACCAAUACUGGAGAGACAUGUUUUGUUGCAUCUGGGGCAGGUGAAGGCAUCCGGUUCUGCUACUGCAGAUGUACCGGGGCGUUUCUUCUCCCUGUGGUCCUCCCAGCGGUCAUUCCUCCUCUGAUCACUGCUGUGGAUGCACGACCUGUCUGUCUCCAGUCCUCUGCUAGAGAUUUCCACACGGCGGGUUGAUGUUGCCAACAGGGCCGUCUUACCCAUAGAGGCUAGUGGCGCAGGGCGCCAAGUUCUAGAGGGCGCCAGAGAAGAGGCGGAGUGUGCUGGUCCCGGGGGGGGUUACCGUGCAACAUGGUCUGAGUCUGGUCCUAGGUCGAGGGUAUGGAGGUUGUCUGUCAAGGACGAAACGGGGUCCAAGGCAAGGAGCCGGGCGUGGUCAGGAACUCUGGAAGAGCAGGACAGGGUGCUGGCAGGAACAGGUUACCAACGAUGUUGCUCCUGCAACCUGGGACUGGGCUGACUGGCCUUUACCUCCUCUGAGGCAUAGGGCAGCCUCAGUCCACAGGUGACUCGCCUCUCCUGGCCUGGAGGCGAGCACUCCUCCUGCAAGAACUUAGUUCCCUCUGCCUCUCUGCCCUGAGCCUCUGCAGCUCAGGAGAGGCUGGAGGGUUACUGGACCCAGAGGCAACCUCACCUUCCCCUGACAGGGCUAGGAGAGGAGCACCUGCAGGCAAUGGGUCCUUGAUCACCUCCGGAGCCAGAGUGGAUUCAGCUGGUGUCUGCUCCUGAGGAUCUGGCACAGGUGAGGGCCCUUCAGGUUCAAGCCCUUGCCCCGGCUCAGCCGGCCCUGGAGGUGGGGACUCCUGUGCAGGCUGGGAUUCCUCAGGUUCAGCCUCUGAAUCAGAUUCCCAGGCCAUCACACGGAGGCUAUACGCGGCACCUCGUGGCAUCAGCUCGCCGCCCUCACCUGCCUCUGCCAUGCCAUGAAGCAGUGCCGCACCCAGAGCCUCCAUCUGCCAUGGCCACCGUGGCACGGAGCAGCCAGCUGAGCUGGAAGGCACUGCGUCCAGCCUCCCCCUCUUCCCCUCUGGAGGAGCCACCCUCCAGCCGCUGCCCGCCUCCUCCAGCCCUGACGGCAGCGCCAUCCUCCCUAAAAUAACUCUAGGAAAAGGAGGGGGCGUGCCGGAGGGAGCUUUGCACCAUGGCGCCGGAUAUGCUUAAGACAGCCCUGGUUGCCAACCUGUCACAUUUCCAGACGUCUUUGUAACGCAGAGUCGGUCUGCCAGCGGGCCCGGUGCCUGAAGCCAACUUCCUUGGAGAUCCCGUUCUUCACAUUAUUCCAAAGACAGCUUGGCUUGCAAUUUUCCGCUCUGUCUCCUUCGUGUCCCCCAACCCUUUCUGUUCCUGGUGAUUAUGGAUUCACUUGCCCAAAAUAGGAGAGCUUGUUCAUGGCCUUGACACUGCGGCAGGUGAUCUCAGAGCAGGAAAAUAAUGGUCUCAGCUCUUUGGCCCUCUACUCUAUGCGGCCUAGGACCCACAUACCUACGGGACCUCCUCUCCUGGUAUGCCCUGCGGAGGACCUUAAGGUCCACAAAUGACAACACUUUGGAAGUCCCAAGUCACAAGGUGGUUAGAUUGGUCUCAACUAGGACCAGGGCCUUUUCAGUACUGGCCCCGACUUGGUGGAACGCUCUGUCACAAGAGACCAGGGCCCUGUGGGACUUGACAUCUUUCUGCAGGGCCUGCAAGACAGAGCUGUUCCGUCUGGCCUUUGGUUUGGACUCAGUCUGACCCUUAUGUUUCCCUCCCCUUAUGGUCUUGAUUUAUCAGAUACUUUUAAAAUGAGGCUGCAUUUUAAAUUGCAUUUUAACCUGUAUUUUAAAUUGGUUUUCUUCUUCUUCUUUUCUUUUCCCCCUAUUAUGUUUUUACUGUGAUUUUAUUGGUGUUAGCUGCCCUGAGCCCAGCUCUGGCCGGGUAUAAAUAAAAAUUAUUAUUAUUAUUAUUAUUAUUAUUAUUAUUAUUAUUAUUAUUAUUACUCUUGCCUGCCUAUCACCGAUCACCUCUUUUCUUGGCUCUCUCACCCAGGUGGUAUUCCGGAAAGCUGUCCAGGCAAGCAGCUGAGGACGUUCUCUUGAAACGUAAUUUCCAGGGAGCUUUCCUUAUCCGGGAAAGUGAGAGCAGCCCAGGGGAUUUCUCCAUCUCAGUGAAGUAA